AUGCCUGAAGGAAAACUAAGAUCAGGAGUAUACAGAUCAUUCAUAAUGUGUGAUGAUCCAAGAGGAGUUGUUGAAAGUGGAGCAAUCAAGAAACAGAGUAAGCUCCGUAGUAGCAGCAUUUGUAGUACCACUAACCAAAGUUGUGACCAUCCAACAAAACCGAAAGAAAGAUCCGAAACAGCACCAAGAAAGAGCGUAGAGUUAGCUCCUCCUCCUCCUCCUUCUUCUUCUUCUUCUUUGCAGCUCUUGAGAGUGUCUAAAGGGAUACAGAAACUAAACGUUGCGAUUGAUUCGUGGUCUAAAGCGUUUAGGCCUGAGGACAUAGCGAAAGAUUUGUUAAGAGGAGCACUUGAUUUGGAAGAGUCUUUAGCCAUGCUUAGUAGCAUUCAAGAAAGUGAUGAUGUCAAGAAGAAACCUAGGGUUGUUGUUAAAGACGGAGGAGGAAGACGGGAUUUGCGGUUUCAGAGAUCGAUGUCUGAUAGAUUCGGAGAGAGGAUUGAGAAACGGAUGAUGGUGAGUCAAGAGAAUGCAGCAGCGUCAAAGGAUUGUUAUGAGGAGCUGAGGAAAGUGAUUAGAGAGAGCUUUCUUAGGCAGAAUCUUUUGCCUCAAGCAACAACGGCUAAAGAGAGUAGAGCUAGGGUUUUUCGAAGUGAUUUUGCAUCUUCUUCUGGAGCUGCUUCGUCGUCAACGAGCUCAAGCCAGUCUUCUAUGGUUUCUGGCUCUACAAAGUCAUCUGCAUCGUCUGAUGUAACACGGAGAGGUCCUAGUUUGAUUGCUAGGCUUAUGGGUUUGGAUGUUUCUCCUCAAGAACAGAGUAAAACCUCUGUGAUGCCAUCAGAGAAGCUGAAGAAGGAGAAGAAAGAGAGUCUUGAAACUGUGAGAUGUAACAAAGCAAGAGAAGCUGUUCUACAAUCUUUGCCUGAAGAGAUUCCAAGUGAAGAUAUAGUACUCAUCAGACCUAUGCGUGUUGUACAACCGGGAAUGGAGGAAAAACCGGGAAACAAGAAGCAGGUUUCACCCAAGAAACCGAGAAUGCAAGGAGAAGUUCAUCCAAGAAUGAUGAACCAGAGAAAAGAUCAUCAAGCCAAGAGCAGCAAGAAGAUGAAGUUACCAUCAAGUCUGAUCAAGAAAGAUAGAGAACCGAAAGAAAUGGUGCGGAAAGUAGAAGAGAAUGAAGGUGGUAAGGUGUCUCCGAGCAAUGCCAAAGCUGUAACCAGAGAACGAAUACCGAUGGAAACCAAGAAAAAGGUUCUUGUCAAGAAAGAGGAUGUUGGUGAAUGUAAAGUAAGAGAUAGACCUCAUGAAAAAGCUCUUAAGCCACAGAAUAAUCCUCCUGUGACUCACAAGAAACCGAACAGUUCUUCAGACAUGUCAAGAAACAAGAUUAGACGUUCCAGGUUGAGCUCUAGCUCAAGUAGUGAUGAGCAGAGAAGUAGUAGCCGAGAAAAGAAGUCCGGUGAGGCUAAGAAACCAAAUGCCAAGAAGAAACUCCAUCAACAAGACAAUGACCUCGCUUCAGAAAAUAAUUCAGGUUCUUCGCAGGACACUCGUGGAUCGGUAACCCAACUUUCUACAGAGGAAGCUACUUCUUCAGAGUUUAACAUUCAAGGUCAUUGUGACAACGGUGAAGUUACUUCUAGUGCUCCUACAAUUCAGCAUUCUCUUGAGCCAGAAACCUCCCAAAUCUCUCUUAAGUCAUUCCUAUCCAACUCCCAAGAUUUCCUCAGCUAUGCAGAGAAUCUCUUCGACUUGAACACCAACACCAAAAGAAGCCAAGAAUCAACUUUUCAAAAUAGAGACAGCAUUGUGAUCUCGGACCAAAGACUUGCACUAGACUUUGCCAAAGAAGUAGCCAAACGCAGAAGCCUUCUUCACAUUGAGGAACCAACUUGUCCCCAAAGAAGCUCUGUGCACAUUGAUGAGUUGUUAAUGGAAGUCUGUGAUGGGUUUGAGUCUUUGAGAAGUUAUAGAGACAAUUUUUUAGGACAAGACAGUUUUGUCAAAGAGAGCAUUGACAUGGUGUUGGAGAAGGAUUUAAAGAGUAUGAAGACAGAGAUGACAACAAGUGGAGUUUGGGAUUUGGGUUGGAGAAGUGAGUUUCAGAUUGAUGAAACUUAUCAAGCUGUAGUUGACUUAGAGAAACUUAUCUUAUCCGGUUUGAUCCAUGAAAUUCUCUCUUGA